GAAAAAUAUAUGAUUAAGGUUCUCAACCCCACCGCACUUGCAGAAAGGUGAGUACCUAACCCCUAUCCGGGCCAGGUGUUCCCCCACCGCGCAGUGUCCAGUUCUCAUUCUAAUUAUAGUAGUUAUAUGGCGUCUGUCUAUGUAGCCCAUAUGGUUACUAGCAGAACGCAAUAAAGAAGAGGAUUUAGAACCGUCUUGUUUAACAUAUUCAUUUAAAAUGCAACAUGAUGAUGUAGUGUGGAGCAUCAUAAACAAAACGUUCUGUUCCUACAAAGUGAACACGAAAACCCAGAAACUUUGCAAGAAUGAAUACAAUCUCACAGGUUUGUGUAAUCGAUCUUCAUGUCCUCUAGCUAACAGUCAGUAUGCCACCGUUCGAGAACAAAAUGGUAUUAUAUAUCUCUAUAUGAAAACGGCUGAACGUUCGGCUUUUCCUAAUAAGUUAUGGGAGAAAGUAAAGCUCUCCAGGAAUUUUGAAAAAGCAAUACACCAAAUUAACGAGAACUUGCUGUACUGGCCUGGAUUUAUUAAAUCAAAAUGUAAACAGAGGUUUGUGAAGAUCACUCAGUAUUUAAUAAGGAUGCGAAAACUGAAACUACGAAGGCAGAAACUGUUGGUGCCCAUUCAAAAGAACAUUGAGAGACGUGAAAAAAGAAGAGAAGAAAAAGCUCUUAUUGCUGCUAGAAUUGAAAAGGGAGUUGAGAAAACUCUUCUGGAUAGGCUCAAAGAGGGAGUGUAUCAGGAUCUUUAUAAUAUACCACAGACAGCCUUCCAAGAAGCAGAAAGGGAGGAUGAAGUGGAGGAGGAAUUAGAAUUUGAAAGGGAAACAGAAGGGGAUACACAAUUUAUUGCAGCUGAUUCUGAUGAUGAAAGUGAUCUGGAUAGUGACAGUGGGCAAUUAGAACAUGCAACUCUUGAUAGUAGCUUUGAAUCUUCUGAUGGCUCCGAUAUUGAGGACAUUUCAUUACCUUCACCAUCAAAGAAAAAGGCAAAACUGAAAAAGAAUAACAGUAAAAAGUCGGAUCAGGAUUCUAAGAAAAGACCUAGGAUUGAAAUAGAGUAUGAAAUUGAAACCAAUGUUAAAGAAAAGUUACAGGGAUAUUAAGCAUUUAAUUUUUUUUUGUAUUAUUUUGGUUUUGUCCCUAAUAAACCAAGUUUUUUAAAAUUAAACUCCACUAUUUAAUAAAAGUCAUUAAAAGCCCAUAAAGUAAAGUUUAUU